AUGAAACCCUCUACUUCUUCUAAGACUAUGCAAAGCACUUUCCAGUAUAUUACUAAAACUUCCCUCCAAAAUGGAAUUAUUAGACAAAGAGAAGAAUCCCUGAACAUGAGGUGUGAAAGGCCAGAUGAAACAGGAUUUGACAGGCCUGGUAACAAGGAGAACUAUAAUCCACAUAUCAAGGAGUUUACACCUACUAAAACAAAACAGAAGAAGAGGUAUACAGCACUGAAGGAGAUUACGGAGAGGUCAAAAAGACCAGCACAGGAGGCUAGUAGAGCAUCCCAGGAGGACGAGACCGAGAUGGAUCUUCUGUUUUCUUCAUUUCCAAGGUCACCGUUCAAAUCAAAGAAUAUUAGAGAGUUAUGA